UGGUAGUGGAGAAAUGUCGAUGCUUGUGAAAUUCUCAAGAUGGCCGAAGCUACUGUCGAAAGAGCAAAUGAACGAUUCUAUUGCCAUGAGUGCAAUCGAGAAGUUUCUCUGAAUUUACCAGAUUUGACUUGCUCACAAUGCCAGGGAGAAUUUAUUGAACAAUUAUGCGACAGCAAUGAAGAGGAAGAAAGUACAGCAGAAGCUGAAAGAGACCCUGCUGCCCAGUUUGCAGAGUUGUUUCAUAGAAAUUUUUUUGGACCAAUGCCUGAUGAGGGUAGAAGACGGUCACGUAGACCCAGAACUAGAAUAAGUAUUCGUACCAAUCAGAGGCCAGGAGAAAGAGGAGAUGCUGCCAAUGCCACAACUGCUGCAGCUAUUGAUGUAAUUCUUCAAAAUCUCUUUGGUGGCUUGGGAUCACCAGGCAGUAGCACAAGUGAAGAUGGAGCAGGAACAUCAGGAAAUAUGGGAUUUCCAUUUAACUUGUUGCGUCUCCAUGGGAACCCAGCUGAUUAUGCCUGGGGUGCAGAGGGAUUGGAUUCAAUAAUAACACAGCUUCUAAACCAGAUGGAUGGAGCAGGACCUCCCCCUGCAGAUUCCAAAAAAAUAGAGGAUCUUCAAAAGGUAGAAGUCACAGAAGAAUCAGCUGAAUCUGAUAAAUUUUGUGCAGUUUGCAAAGAACAAUUUUCAAGAGAUGAGGAUGUAAGGAGAUUACCCUGUAGUCAUAUCUUCCAUUUUGAGUGUAUAAAACCUUGGUUAAAAAUGCAUGAUUCUUGUCCAGUCUGCCGCUUGAGUCUAAGCAAUACCCAAACAAGAGGGUCAUGAAAUAGUGAUCAAGUACACUUAUCAAUAAAACUGAUUUGUGCAGGGAAAUCCUUAAAAAGCUUUUGAAAUGUUUUUGGUACAAUCUAGUUUUAAGUUAUUGAGUACAUAACACAAUAGAAACAAAAUGGGAUGCUGUGAAUAUUUGCACUGUCUGUCUGUUAAAACAAUACUUAUGCUUUUUCAAUAUAAAGUUUAUUUACAGAU